AUGUCUCAUACAACAGAUUCACGCGACUCAACUGCGCCUCAGGACUACUACUCAAGUUUUGACGAUGAGGGCGCGUUUGUGGAAAAGUUCAAGAAUAUCGACGAUAAGACGCAGUUUUACACUGCUAUGCGCUGCCUAGAGGAUCCUCUUACUCAGAACUUUGUACUCGAUUUCGGGAACGAAGAGGCCUGGUGUGCAUCUGAUCUAGGCACCAAUGAACUGAAACUAUUGCUGAGUAAACCGAGAGACAAAUGUUUCGGUACACGGUGGAUUAAUAUAUGGGCACCAGAGGAGCAGAAAGAAAGCAUAAGGGCGAUUACCAAACAGUAUGGGGUAUCAGAACGACUACAGGGGAUGAUGUGCACAGAGCCAGUGCAUCCUGCACCCAAAACUACACCUACACCAUUACCAACCAAAAGGACCUCGCAAUCACCUAGUAUUGCGCCGUCGUUCCAGCACGAAGUGGAUGAUGCGGAGAAUGCACUCAAACAUCUCGCCGAUCUAGAUAAAUCGCGCCAGUCGGCAUCAUUCAAGAACCUCACCUUUGCACAAGUCACGGAUCAAAUUUGGCAUUUCUCUUCCGUGGAUCAUGGUCCUCGAUACACAUGUAUCGGCUAUAAUACGUUGUUUGUGAUCCCCACACUAUCACAACCGAAUGGCAAAGAUCUCCCGGACGGAAAACGGCUUUGGACCUGGCUGAUCCAAUGUGAUGAUGGCACAAUAAUAUCAAUCCAAGAGAACCCGUUCGCAAGACAGCAGGGAGUGCCGAUAGACGAAGCCAAGCCAGUCCUCGACAUUGUGCGCAGAAACAUUCGCUUUAUUUUCGCUGGCGUUUCGAGACAGCACUUUGCCAUGUCCGAGAGCGAGUCGCUAAUCACCAUCCGGGUGCGCCAUUUUAGUGACCUCGGACCGGAUCAAGCCAAUAUCAAGCAAGAAGAUGGGCCGAGUUUGCUCUUCUAUUAUAUCUUCGAUGACUGGGUAUCAAGUUAUGGACUUAUCGCGAAGCGAGAACACAAAUAUGGUGUUGCUUUGGAGGAAUUGAGAAGCCAAAUGCUCCAUCGUCCGAUAGUGGAUUUGGUGAACGAGUUGCACUGGCUGGGCCGACGACUCGCCGUUCUCAAACGAUUGUACCAAAGCUAUGAGCUUAUCAUGCGGCGACUCUUGCAACGGCAACGCAUGCUUCGCGACGAAGCGCGUUCGGCGCAACCAACUGCGCUCUCGUAUGGAGCCACCUUUGGCGAUAUGGAGUUUGUGGAUAUGCGCCAGUCGAGUGUCGUGAGCAACCCCGGUUUUCAUAACACAACUGAGAAAUCGGUUGGGGUGCAGUUGAGCUCGACAGCUGUGGCGCGCUUCGAACGGUUGGUUGAUCGCAUCAAUCUGUACUGUUUGAGCGAGAUUGAGAACUGCCUCAAUGAGAAAGAGUCCUUGACAUUCCUGAAUUUCAAUUUGAUUGCGCUCAAGGACUCGCAGGCAGUUGAGAAGCUCACUCGGAUCACUAUUCUGCUAGCCAAGGCAACCAUUUUGUUCCUGCCCGUUAGCUUGAUGAGUGCAUACUUCUCGACAGAACUCAUUGGUGUGAAGAACGGAUACACUAAGGCGCAGUACUGGGUCAGUUUCGCGGUGAUCUUCGUUACAACCAUCUUGCUCUUGACCGUUUUCGGUUACGCCAGCGAUACCGUAGAAGGAUCCGAGGGAUUUCUCGCUACCGACAAUAUGGGUAUUACUUUCUCGCGGUUGUUUGACCGGCUAUGGGGUCGCAAGGAGAUGCGCAUCCUGAUGGUCGGUCUUGACGCCGCCGGUAAGACCACCAUCCUGUACAAACUCAAGCUCGGUGAAAUCGUCACCACUAUUCCCACGAUUGGAUUCAACGUCGAGACGGUCGAAUACAAGAACAUUCAGUUCACCGUGUGGGAUGUCGGUGGUCAGGAUAAGAUUCGUCCUCUGUGGCGCCACUACUUCCAGAACACCCAGGGUAUCAUCUUCGUGGUUGACAGCAACGAUCGCGAUCGUAUCGUCGAGGCCCGUGAGGAGUUGCAGCGCAUGUUGAACGAGGAUGAGCUCCGCGAUGCUCUCCUCCUGGUGUUCGCCAACAAGCAGGAUUUGCCGAACGCCAUGAGCCCCGCCGAGAUCACGCAGCAGCUUGGUCUUCAGAGCCUUACCCGUCGUGCUUGGUUCAUCCAAUCUACCUGCGCCACUACUGGUGACGGUCUGUACGAGGGUCUGGAGUGGCUCGCCGAUGCGCUCCGGAAAACCAACCGCGAUUAA